UCAGCCGGGCCGGUUCCGUCCUCCGCGAGCCUCUCCCAUGUCCGGCCAUGCGGCGGGCGCUGCGCUCGGGGCUGUGCGCGGCGGCGCUGAUCCUGGCCGCUUGCGCGGCGCUCUGCACAGGUCUAACAUGCAUCUGCCACUGGUGUGAGAAAACAAACUUCACUUGUGAAACAGAGGGGGCAUGCUGGGCUUCUGUCAUGCUAAUGAAUGGCAAACAAGAGGUGGUGAAGACUUGCCUUUCCGUCCUGGAACUGAAUGCAGAAGUCUUCUGCCAUGGCUCAAAGAGCAUCACCAGGAGGAAAUGCUGCUACACAGACUUCUGCAACAACAUAACUAUCCAUCUCCCCAUAGAUGAAGACUCUUCAAGGAAACCAACACUGAGACCAGUGGAAAUGACAGUGAUUAUUACCAUACCAGUAUGUGUCUUGUCUGUAGCUGUCCUGCUGACUUUGUAUGCAUAUCAAGGCCACCACUGCAGAUUCAAGAAGAAAAAAAGGCCAAACGUUGAAGAACCACUGUCAGAAUGCAGUCUGGUGAACCCUGGCAAAACUCUCAGAGAUCUGAUUUUUGACAUGACAACAUCAGGUUCUGGAUCUGGUCUGCCUCUUCUUGUCCAAAGAACUAUUGCAAGGACUAUUGUUCUUCAGGAAAUAGUAGGGAAAGGUCGAUUUGGUGAAGUCUGGCGUGGAAAAUGGUGUGGAGAAGAUGUAGCUGUCAAGAUCUUUUCCUCAAGGGACGAAAGGUCUUGGUUUCGGGAGGCAGAAAUGUAUCAGACAAUUAUGCUGAGGCAUGAAAAUAUCCUCGGUUUUAUUGCUGCUGAUAACAAGGAUAAUGGAACUUGGACUCAGCUGUGGCUUGUUUCUGAAUACUAUGAGCAAGGCUCUUUGUUUGACUAUUUAAAUAGCAACACCGUGACUGUUGAAGGGGUGAUUAAACUGACUUUUUCCAUAGCAAGUGGCCUGGCCCACCUUCAUAUGGAGAUUGUAGGUACACAAGGCAAGCCCGCCAUUGCACAUAGAGACCUGAAAUCGAAAAACAUUUUAGUGAAAAGGAAUGAGACCUGUGCCAUUGCUGAUUUGGGACUGGCUGUGAAGCACGAUUCUGUAUUAAACACAAUUGACAUUCCUCAGAAUCCUCGAGUGGGAACAAAGAGAUACAUGGCUCCAGAAAUACUUGAUGAUGCCAUGAACAUCAAUAUUUUUGAGUCCUUCAAGCGUGCAGAUAUCUAUGCUCUCGGCCUAGUGUACUGGGAGAUAUCACGAAGAUGCUCAGUUGGAGGAAUUGUUGAGGAAUAUCAGUUGCCUUACCAUGAUGUCGUCCCUUCUGACCCCUCCAUAGAAGAUAUGAGAAAAGUAGUAUGUGAACAAAAUCUUAGACCAAAUAUCCCAAAUCAAUGGCAAAGCUGUGAGGCACUCAGAGUAAUGGGCCGAAUAAUGCGGGAAUGUUGGUACACCAAUGGGGCAGCUCGCCUGACAGCACUUCGCAUUAAGAAGACCAUUUCUCAGCUGUGUGUACAAAAGCAUUCCAAAGCUUAAGACAGAACAUACUUCAAGAACGGAGAAGAAAACGAAUCGUUUUGUAUUUUAUUUUUGCAUUGUUUUGAUUGUGCUCUACCUCACUGUUGGCAAAGUUUUUAGUACAUUAUAUAGACACCAAAACCUGAGUUCUGG